AUGAACACAAUAAGAACAAUUACGUAUUAUUAAUUUUCAAAAAAGAAUUAAUAUAAAAUUUAUAUCGGCAAUGAUCAUGCAGGAUUGGAAUACAAAAAUAUAAUAAUUGAUCAUCUUAAAUAGCAAGAAUAUGACAUAAUAAAUAGAGGAACUAACACAAAACAAAGCUGUGAUUACAAUGAAAUAGCCACAGAAUUAUGCUCUGAUGUCUUGAGAGAUAAGGGAUUGGGAAUCUUAAUAUGCGGAAGUGGAGUUGGAAUGUCCAUUAUGUCAAAUAAAGUCAAAGGUAUCAGGUGCGGAUAAAUCAAUGAUUACAAUUCUGCUAAAUAAGCAGCUGAAAUCGGUUGCAACGUAAUAGCCUUAGGCUCAAGAAUAUUGGGAAUAGAAGUAGCUAAAUAAGUUAUAGAUGCAUUUUUGAAUUCAUACUAAAAUGUCCAUACAGAGAUAAAUGAAACAAUAUCCUAAAUUGAGCAGGACAAUUUUAGAAAAUGA